GAUCAGUUGUGAGUGAAACGUGGCCAAUCUCGGUAGUGUGCCGGAACUGUACUGCGGCCCAAAGGCAGGCUGCUGGUGGCGAAAAUAGAGGCGCGCGCGCGCAUUACACACAAACCACAGUACCAGUGUGGCCCUUUGGAUCAUCGUAUGUUACAGUGGCCGCGGUGUGGCGUGGCGCCGUGGCGUGUGAUGCAAUAAAGCCUAAGCCUUUGAGUUUUCCAGUGCGUUUUUCCGUGGCACCGUCAUUACAGCUGAAGUGUCCCACCCGGUUAUAAUUAUACUGACAUCGUCUGUGUGUCCGUGUGUGUUAGUGUGUGUGUCUGUGUGCGGUGUCUUCCUUCCUUUGCCGCCUUGGUGAUAGCGAAAUAGUAGUGAAAGUGCAAAAGAUAUUGAUUUUGCCGUGAUUGAAUUAUCACGCCACCGGUGCGAAAUACACGGGCCCUCUCUCUCUCUCGCUCGUUCUCUCUGUCUGACCCGCCGCUUCAGCAAUCUCGGAAAUCAGCGGAAGAAGUUUAUCAGCAAAAUCAAUACAUUCGCCCCUUGCGUGGAAACCGUGUGUGUCCGUGUGUCUUGACAACAAGUUACCGCCGAAAGUGGGGUUUAGUGCAUCGUCGUCGCUUGCUGCGAGCAAAGCGGCUUUCUGCUCCGCGUGUUGUCGUGUAGUUUUGCAAACAAAAAAAAACGAAAAAAGCAAAUAUUGGGCAGCCUGUGAGCCGGCUUGCGUGCUGCUGUUGUCCGGUGGCCAGCGAGUGGUGGUCCUGGUGCUACGAAAACACGAAACCGACCACCGUGGUGCUAGUGUUGGGCUCGACCGUACUGCUGCUCGCCCUCGCGCGGGAAAUAAUGUUGAAGAGAAGAGCGAGCAAACGAUUCGUGCUGGCAGAAACCGGUGAGGAAAGCACCUGGAACACGACCGCAGAUAAUGAGCAAAUAAUGGCAGCGUCGUCACAGCAACCGCCGCCGCCGCUGCCGCCGCCGGUGAUCAACCUGGAGACGGCGGUCCCGAGCGGCAGCACCAGCGCCAGCAGCAGCUUCAGCGAGGACAACAGUGGUGGAGUUGGUGGCAACAUCAGCGGCCCGACCGCCGCCCUGCUGCACGAUGGUGGAGCCGGUGGCGAUGGGCUCAAGGUGCCGCUGGCCAACACGCUGCAUCUGUCCGUGUCCGGUGGUUUAAAGCCAAGUAUGUCCCAUGGCACGGGACUGGGACUGCAGCGUGGCCAGGAACGUGACUUUGUGCUAUCGACGACGGAGGAGUUCGUUAAGAAAUUUAACGGUACGCGUGUGAUCAACAAGGUGCUGAUCGCAAACAAUGGUAUCGCGGCGGUCAAGUGCAUGCGCUCGAUCCGCCGCUGGUCGUACGAGAUGUUCAAGAAUGAGCGCGCGGUCCGGUUCGUGGUGAUGGUGACGCCCGAAGACCUGAAGGCGAACGCCGAGUACAUCAAGAUGGCGGACCAUUACGUGCCCGUGCCGGGCGGCUCGAACAACAACAACUACGCGAACGUGGAGCUGAUCGUGGACAUUGCGCUGCGCACGCAGGUGCAGGCGGUGUGGGCCGGCUGGGGCCACGCGUCCGAAAACCCGAAGCUGCCGGAGCUGCUGCACAAGAAGAAUCUGGUGUUUCUGGGGCCGCCGGAACGGGCCAUGUGGGCGCUCGGCGACAAGGUAGCGUCCUCGAUCGUGGCGCAGACGGCCGAAAUUCCCACACUGCCGUGGUCGGGCUCGGAGCUGAAGGCUCAGUACAGCGGGAAGAAGAUCAAGAUUUCGAGCGAGCUGUUUGCGCGCGGCUGCGUGACCACGUCCGACCAGGGACUGGUGGCGGCGGGUAAGAUCGGCUUCCCGGUCAUGAUCAAGGCGUCCGAGGGCGGCGGUGGCAAGGGCAUCCGGCGCGUCGACUCGCCGGACGAGUUCCCCGCCCUGUUCCGGCAGGUGCAGGCGGAGGUGCCCGGGUCGCCGAUCUUCGUGAUGAAGCUGGCGCGCGGCGCCCGCCAUCUCGAGGUGCAGUUGCUGGCCGACCAGUACGGCAAUGCGAUCAGCCUGUUCGGGCGCGACUGCUCGAUCCAGCGCCGGCACCAGAAGAUCAUCGAGGAGGCGCCGGCCGUCAUCGCCGACCCGGCCGUGUUCGAGGAGAUGGAGCGGGCGGCGGUGCGGCUGGCGAAGAUGGUCGGGUACGUGAGCGCGGGCACGGUCGAGUACCUGUACGACUCGGAGGGCAAGUACUUCUUCCUCGAGCUGAACCCCCGGCUGCAGGUGGAGCAUCCGUGCACGGAGAUGGUGGCGGACGUGAAUCUGCCCGCCUGCCAGCUGCAGAUCGGCAUGGGCGUGCCGCUGUACCGCAUCAAGGACAUCCGGCUGCUGUACGGCGAGAGCCCGUGGGGCAGCACCGUGAUCGACUUCGACUGUCCGAGCCAGAAGCCACGGCCGUGGGGCCACGUCAUCGCGGCCCGCAUCACGUCGGAAAAUCCGGACGAAGGGUUCAAGCCGAGCUCGGGCACGGUGCAGGAGCUGAACUUCCGCUCGAGCAAGAACGUGUGGGGGUACUUCAGUGUGGCGGCGUCCGGCGGGCUGCACGAGUUUGCCGACUCGCAGUUCGGCCAUUGCUUCUCGUGGGGCGAGAACCGGCAGCAGGCGCGCGAAAAUCUCGUGAUCGCGCUGAAGGAGCUCUCGAUCCGCGGUGACUUCCGGACGACGGUCGAGUAUCUGAUCACGCUGCUGGAGACGAACAGCUUCCUGGACAACACGAUCGACACGGCCUGGCUGGAUGCGCUCAUCGCCGAGCGGGUGCAGUCGGACAAGCCGGACAUCAUACUCGGUGUGGUGUGCGGUGCGCUGCACAUUGCCGACCGCAAGGUGACGGAUGCGUUCGCCAGCUUCAAGGGCUCGAUGGAGAAGGGCCAGAUACAGGCGGCCAACACGCUGACGAACGUGGUCGACGUGGAGCUGAUUGCGGAGGGCGUGCGGUACAAGGUGCAGGCCGCCAAGAGCGGGCCCAACACGUACUUCCUCGUGAUGAACGGGUCGUUCAAGGAGGUGGAGGUGCACCGGCUGUCCGACGGGGGCAUGCUGCUGUCGCUCGAAGGCUCCAGCUACACGACCUACAUGAAGGAGGAGGUCGAUCGGUACCGCAUCGUGAUCGGCAACCAGACGUGCGUGUUCGAGAAGGAGAACGAUCCGUCGCUGUUGCGGUCGCCGUCGGCCGGCAAGGUGAUCAGCCUGCUGGUGGAGGACGGUGCGCACGUCUCCAAGGGCCAGGCGUACGCGGAAAUCGAAGUGAUGAAGAUGGUGAUGACGCUGAAGGCGAACGAGGCGGGCACGGUAACGUUUGUGCGCCGCCCGGGGGCCGUACUGGAUGCGGGCACCCUCAUCGGACACCUCGAGCUGGACGAUCCGUCGCUCGUGACGAAGGCGCAGCCGUACAAGAACCCGUGGCCAGUCAGCGAGCAUGUGCAGAUACCGGAAAAGCUGAACCGCAUCCACUCGAGCUACAAAACGAUUCUGGAGAAUACGCUCGCCGGCUACUGUCUGCCGGACCCGUACAAUGCGCCCCGGCUGCGCGAGAUUAUCGAAAAGUUUAUGCUCAGCUUGCGCGACCCGUCGCUGCCGCUGCUCGAGCUGCAGGAGGUGAUUGCCUCGAUCUCGGGCCGCAUACCCGUGUCGGUGGAGAAGAAGAUCCGCAAGCUGAUGCAGCUGUACGAGCGCAACAUUACGAGCGUGCUGGCCCAGUUCCCGUCGCAGAUGAUCGCGAGCGUGAUCGAUAGCCACGCGGCCACGCUGCAGAAGCGGGCCGACCGGGACGUGUUCUUCCUCACCACGCAGGGCAUCGUGCAGCUGGUGCAGCGCUACCGCAACGGCAUUCGGGGGCGCAUGAAGGCGGCAGUGCACGAGCUGCUGAAGCAGUACUACGCGGUCGAGUCGCAGUUCCAGCACGGCCACUACGACAAGUGUGUGGCGGCGAUACGGGAAAAGCACAAGGACGACAUGGACGUGGUGGUGGGCACGAUCUUUUCCCACAGCCAGGUGGCGAAGAAGAACCUGCUCGUGACGCUGCUGGUCGACCAUCUGUGGGCGAACGAGCCGGGGCUGACGGACGAGCUGGCCGCUACGCUGAGCGAGCUGACGUCGCUCAACCGGGCGGAACAUUCGCGGGUGGCGCUGCGCGCCCGCCAGGUGCUGAUCGCGGCCCAUCAGCCCGCGUACGAGCUGCGCCACAAUCAGAUGGAGUCGAUCUUCCUGUCCGCGGUCGACAUGUACGGGCACGACUUCCAUCCGGAGAACCUGCAGCGCUUGAUCCAAUCGGAGACGUCGAUCUUUGACAUACUGCACGAUUUCUUCUACCACUCGAACCGGGCCGUGUGCAAUGCGGCGCUGGAGGUAUACGUGCGCCGCGCGUACACGUCGUACGAGCUGACCUGCCUGCAGCAUCUCGAGCUGUCCGGGGAGGUGCCGCUGGUGCACUUCCAGUUCCUGCUACCGACGGCUCAUCCGAAUCGAUACAACUCGGAAGGUAACGAUCCCGACGCUAUUCCGGACUCGUUCAUGCGCACCGGCUGCAUGGCCGCGUUCGAUUCGUUCGAGCACUUCAAUCAAUAUUCGGACGAAAUACUGGACCUGCUGGAGGACUACGCGUCACCGGUGUUUGUCAAUCCGAAGGUGCUGGAGGCCGUCGAUGGGGGCGAUUCGGACCGCCGGAUGAGCACGUCCAUUAACGUUUCGAUUUCCGAUCAGGUGAAUCGUGUCGUUGAGAGUGAAGCUGCCGCACCGAGGCCGUCGGAUGCGAUCCAUAUUUUGAGCAUUGCCGUGCGCGACAUGGGCGAUAUGGAGGACCAUCAGAUGGAGCAAGUGUUUGGUUCGUUCUGCAAUCUGCACCGCGAGGAGCUGCUGAGCCGCCGUGUGAGACGCAUCACCUUCGCUGCGUUGAAAAAGCGACAGUUCCCGAAGUUCUUCACCUACCGUGCGCGCGACCAGUUCGAGGAGGAUCGCAUCUACCGGCAUCUCGAGCCGGCCUGCGCCUUCCAGCUGGAGCUGAACCGCAUGAAAACGUACGACCUGGAGGCGCUGCCAACGGCCAACCAGAAGAUGCACCUCUACCUCGGGCGGGCGAAGGUGCCGAAGGGCCAGGAGGUGACGGAUUUCCGCUUCUUCAUCCGGUCGAUCAUACGCCACUCGGACCUCAUCACCAAGGAGGCGUCGUUCGAGUACCUGCAGAACGAGGGCGAACGGGUGCUGCUCGAGGCGAUGGACGAGCUGGAGGUGGCGUUCUCCCAUCCGCAGGCGAAGCGCACCGACUGCAACCACAUCUUCCUCAACUUUGUCCCGACCGUCAUCAUGGAUCCGGCCAAGAUCGAGGAAUCGGUCACGAAGAUGGUGAUGCGGUACGGGCCGCGGCUCUGGAAGCUGCGCGUGCUGCAGGCCGAGCUGAAGAUGGUCAUCCGGCAGACGCCCCAGUCGCCGACCACCUCGGUGCGGCUCUGCAUUGCGAACGAUUCCGGCUACUUCCUCGACAUUGCCAUGUACACCGAGGUGACGGAUCCCGAGACGCACGUGAUCAAGUUCCAGGCGUACGGUAGCCGACAGGGCCCGCUGCACGGCCUGCCCAUCUCGUCCCCGUACAUGACCAAAGAUUUCCUGCAGCAGAAGCGCUUCCAGGCGCAGUCGAACGGCACGACGUACGUGUACGACAUACCAGACAUGUUCCGCCAGAUGACGGAGCGGCUGUGGAAGGAGUUCUCCAAGGCGCGCCCCACCGAGGACAUCCGCAUCCCGGAGAAGAUUCUGCUCGAGUGCAACGAGCUGGUGCUGAACGGCGACACCCUGGAGGAGAUCCAGCGACUGCCGGGCGAGAACAACGUCGGCAUGGUGGCGUGGCGCAUCGUGCUCGCGACGCCGGAGUUCGCCAACGGGCGCGAGAUCAUCGUCAUCGCGAACGAUCUGACCUAUCUGAUCGGGUCGUUCGGGCCGCAGGAGGAUCUGCUGUUCUACAAGGCGUCCGAGCUGUCGCGCCAGCGCAAGUGUCCCCGCAUCUACAUCUCGGUCAACAGUGGGGCCCGCAUCGGGCUGGCCGAGGAGGUGAAGUCGCUGUUCAAGGUCGCCUGGGAAGACCCGGAGGAGCCGGAGAAGGGCUUCAAGUAUCUGUACCUCACCACGGACGAUUACAGCAAGAUCGCGAACAGCAACUCGGUGCGCGCGAUACUGAUCGAGGACGAGGGCGAGCCGCGCUACAAGAUAACGGACAUCAUCGGCAAAACGGACGGGCUCGGGGUGGAAAACCUCCGGUACGCCGGCAUGAUUGCGGGCGAAACGUCCCGCGCGUACGAGGACGUGGUCACGAUCUCGAUGGUGACGUGCCGCACGAUCGGCAUCGGCUCGUACCUGGUGCGGCUCGGCCAGCGCGUCAUCCAGAUCGACAACUCGCACAUCAUCCUGACCGGCUUCGCCGCGCUGAACAAGCUGCUCGGCCGGAAGGUGUACGCGUCCAACAAUCAGCUCGGCGGCAUCCAGAUCAUGUACAACAACGGCGUCACGCACAAGACGGAAACGCUCGACCUGGACGGGGUGUACACGAUCCUGCACUGGCUGUCGUACAUUCCGAAUGCGCGCGGCGGCAUCCUGCCGAUCGUGUCGCCGAGCGAUCCGAUCGAGCGUAUGAUCGACUUCACGCCCACCAAGGCACCGUACGAUCCGCGCUGGAUGCUGGCGGGACGGUACAACCCUGCCAAUCCGUCCGACUGGGAGACGGGCUUCUUCGAUCGCGGCACGUUCGCGGAAAUAAUGGAACCGUGGGCCCAGACGGUCGUGACGGGUCGGGCCAAGCUGGGCGGUAUCCCGGUCGGGGUGAUUGCGGUUGAGACGCGCACCGUCGAGGUGACCAUACCGGCCGAUCCGGCCAACCUGGACUCGGAGGCGAAAACGUUCCAGCAGGCCGGCCAGGUGUGGUUCCCGGAUUCGUCGUUCAAGACGGCGCAGGCGAUCAAGGACUUUGGGCGCGAAGAGCUGCCGCUAAUUAUCCUUGCCAACUGGCGCGGAUUCUCCGGCGGACAGAAGGAUAUGUACGAACAGAUCGUCAAGUUUGGUGCUUACAUUGUGGACGGCUUGCGGGAGUACAAGCAGCCCGUGAUCGUCUAUCUGCCUCCGAAUGCCGAACUGCGGGGCGGUGCGUGGGCCGUGCUGGAUCCAACCAUCAAUCCACGCUACAUGGAAACGUACGCCGAUCCGGAAUCGCGCGCCGGUGUGCUCGAGCCGGAAGGUAUCGUCGAGGUGAAGUACAAGGAGAAGGACAUUGUGAAAACCAUUCACCGUCUCGAUCCGACCGUGCUGGAGCUCAAGAACCAGUUGGCUGCCGCGGGUGAAAACAAGGAGCUGGUGGCCGAGCUGGAGAACAAAAUCAAAGCCCGGACGAACGCGCUGCUGCAGAACUACCAUCCGGUGGCGGUACACUUUGCCGACCUGCACGAUACGCCCGAGCGAAUGCUGGAGAAGGGCUGCAUCAGUGAAAUCGUGCCGUGGCGCAACUCGCGCACCUGGAUCUACUGGCGCAUGCGGCGGCUGCUGCUGGAGGAACACUUCAUCAAGCAGAUCCUGGAGGCGCAGGAAGGUCUGUCGGUGGGUCAGGCGAAAUCGAUGCUGCGCAGAUGGUUCGUGGAGGAUAUGGGAGCUACGGAGGCAUACCGCUGGGAGGCAAACGAGUCGGCUGUGGAAUGGUUGGAAAACCAGAAGCGUACCGACUCGACCGUGCUGCGCAAUAUCUACGCAGUGAAAAAGGACGCAAUAAUCUCACAAAUUCAGGAAUCAUUAAGCGACUGUCCGGAAGCAGCGCUCGAUGCGAUAGUCGGUCUCUGUCAGUCUCUGUCGCCCGCACAGCGUGGCGAGGUGGUCAAAACGCUCGCUCAGCUAGAUUUCAACGAUAAGGAGCACACAAGCCUUGGAUGACAACGUAACAAUUGUACAUAACGGAAGCGCUCGAAGCGACGACGUUAAGCCUGAUAAUAUUCUGUCAGCCAAGCAGCAAGCAAGCAAGCAAAGACAAGUUACUGAGCAGCGAUGGUAGGAUAGAAGGAUUCUGAGGCGAAGGAGCACAGACACACACACACAUUUAGCGAACUCAGAGAUAAAUUGUUAGAUUAGAAUUGAACAAUAUUUACACGUGUUGAAAGGCGAACGGGAAGGACAGAAGGGACAGUUUGAUGCAACUCUCCUCCAAGUUGAUGCCGCGUCAUCGAUCGCCGGAUCGUUGUUAAUACGCAAUUGAAAAACGCAAUUCAAUUUCGCACACUAGAUUGUACGCAACAGGUUCUUUCUAACGCCUAUAGAGUGAGGGUGCGCUUUUUUCUUCGUCAUUGUCGUCAUUUAGGUGGCACAAUAUUUGCACACGAUUUAGCGGAAGCAAAGAAAAAGCAUAGAACAAACAAACAAUUCUGCUGUUUCGCCACCUAAAAAACUCACCAUUAAACACGCGCACAUUAGCAAACAGGUGAUGUAGCAUGUACAUGGGUAAUCUGUAGGAGAUGCGAAGAUUCAUCCCUUUGUUGCACGAAACACGCGUGCAUGGAGGAUUUGAAACUUUAUUUAAAGCACUAAAGGAGGACACGCCGCGAACACAUUAACACAAACCACCACAGAAACAAAGAAACAAAACACACACACACAAAUGUUCACGUUGGAACUGGUACGGUCGAAAACGCGAAUUAAAAAUUGAAAUAAUUAAACGUUUACUAAUUGAACCUAAUUCGUGCUAAUAAUGUACUAAAGGAAAGGAGGGCAGUCUCAAAAGAAGCCGUGGAGAACUAUAAAAAAGAAAACAAAACUUUGCCUGUAGGUUCGUUCUUAUUAGACUGUACUGAGUUACGCGACGGUAGGGUACGUUCGUUGUUAGAAGGAACGAGAGAUUAGUUGUUAGUUGCUCCUGUUAGUAAUAAUGGAUGGGCUUUUGUUCUGGAUUCGUCCCGAUAGUGCUAAGGUAAUGCUUUACGUUAAUUUUGGUUUCAUUCACUAUUCGUACUAUGUACUACUAUCGGAAUUCCGUCGUGCUCUGGUUAACAUGAAGAUGUAUCUAGUUAAGUUGGGUCUCUGCCGAUCACUUCCUGCGGAACUCGGUUUCUUUAGGGCAAUGCAAAAUGGCUUCAGAAUAAAAUUCGUAAACCUAAA